AAGUUAACAUGAGUGCAAUAACGAAAUGGACCCGUUUGAUCGAGACCAGCCUCCAGUUGUUGGGUAUUUUUUACCCCCGCCCCAUUACAAUUAAGAAGAAAUGCGACCAAUGCGUGAUGUGGGAAGUUCGAGGAGGUGGGCUGGACGAUUACGAUGACGACGACGCAAGCAGGAAUUCGCACGAUGACGGUAGAGUACCCAACGUUUUCGACGAAGAUUUUGUCUCACCUUUCGAAAUCCAUGGUUGCAACGGCUCGCCUUUGCCUACUCGAGUCCAUGGUCGCGGUCGAGAACGAGCGAGUUCUCAGUGUACCAAUGACCAAGAAAUCGGAGGCAGAGCGCAACGAUCAUCACGCUCUGUGGAAUGUGAAGUUUGUAAGAGUUUGGCUUGGGACGGCGAUGCCAGGCCUCUUCCGACAAGUGAAACAGGUCAUGGUCCCAGGCACCGUUACAUUGGAAGUCUCAUCUCAUUUUUUACCAUGACAAUCCUAACGGCGGCCACUUUAUAUCUUGCUUGGAUCAAUAUUACGAAGUAUUUCGGCAAGAAAGACCAGAUCAUGCACCUGACGUCGUAUUUCUCAUUCCUUGGUAUUAUAGGAUCCGUUCCCCUCAUUUGCUUCUAUUCGCACCUUGUAAAUCUUUUCAAUGGUAAUCGGUGUCCUUCCCCAUCCACGAAUGAGUUCAAGCCCCAACUACGGAGUUGGCCAACGAUCCUCCAUCAGGACUUCGUCAUGCGCAGACUCCAGUAUCUGUCCAAUGCAUCCACACGAAGUCGUGGUCGAUCACCAGACGGCACCUGGUUCAUUGUUGCUGGCGGUGUAUGGAUCAUGAUCGAUGCCGCCUUCAAGAUCGCACUCGGUUCCCUCGUCGAACACCGUCAUGGACUCUGGGAAUUCCAAUCGACGCUCGUGUCUUUCUUAUUCCUCGUUUUUGUCGCUUUCUGUGCCUUUCUGUUCCUCAUGAGGAGAUCAUUUGAAAACGAAAUGGAGGUCGACCUCGCUUUUAUCGUCAAACAUAAGAAAAGGUUGGAUUUUUGCCGAGGGCGUCUAUCCGAAACCUAUCGCGACUUCCAAAUCUUCAACUACGUCAUUCAUUACUGGAUGUUGUUCACGGUCAACCUCGCAACUCUCGGGCUCGCUGUACACCUGAGCUGGAAUUACCAAGCCUUGCACAACGCCCAAACAACACAAGAAUCCAUCACAAUCAAUGUGAUGAAUGCACACAUAUUUUCGGAGAAGAUCGUGGUUUUUAUCCUUCCUCUGCUGGCACUUCGAGGCAUUAACCUCGCUCAUCUCUGGCGCCAUUUUCGACGCGCCUUGUCGUCGCUGCGCCAGUCAGAAUAUGAUUUAUGCAUAGAUGGCAUGAUACGACAUUUGGAAGAUUUAAAGUGCUUUGGGGAUUGCUGCGGGGGCGCGGGCAAUUUCAAUACCCUCCUAACAUUGGCUAUUUGGUAUUAUGGCAUGAAGAUUGGAUCACAAGACUGGAAAUAUUAUGAUUUCCUCGGCACGUCUGAAAUCGGCUUAAAUACGCCAAAUCCCUAAAAUAUCAGAGAAAAAAAAUAGGAUUUUUUGUUAUAUUUUUUGGGGGAGGGGGAAAGCUAGUAAAAAUUUUAAUUUCGAUAUAAAAACGACUGUUAAUUGACUAAACUACAAGUGAUAAUUAAGCCAAACCAUUCUCCUAUGUUCGCAUUUUUUUUUUUCAAGAAGGCAAAAUACUGCUGCACGUGGGCUCACUUUCUCCAAUAAUCUAAACAAAAAAUACCACUGGCGUAAAUCCGGUCAGAGCAGUUGGGGGAUAAUAUCAACAUAUUCACCUUAAAAG